AUGGAGGCGCCGAGUCCGGCCCGCGACCGGCGCGGCGAGCCCAAGAAAGCCGACGGGCUCUUCACACUGCAGCAGGACCCGGCGUACCAACUCCACUUUGUCAACCACGAGAAGCCCAAGCCGGAGCGGCCCACGCACGCCGGCCUCGCGUCGCCGUCGUCAUUGCGGUACGCGACACGGUCCUCGACGCCCGUCCAAGCGACGAGCGUCAAGUCACCCAAGAAGGUCCUCGACAUUCCGCUCUUGAAGAGCCCCCCCAAAGAAAAGCGCACAAGCGUGCGCAAGCCCGUCUUGCCGGACGUUCCGACGUCACCCAAGCCAGGGUACGCGUCCUCACCACUGCGUUCGAAAGAGCCAUCGAGUGGGCUCCAUUUUCUGCGCCAGUCGCUCUCCGAGCACGAGCCGUCGGCGCCCGACGUGGUCGAAGACGAGCUCAUCGACGAGACGAGUGCGCCGCCGCCACCGUCGCACGUGCCUCCCAGCGACGAGUCGGCCGACGAGGCGCUCAUCCGCGCGGCCAACCUCCAGACCGGCGAAGACGCCAUCGCGUUCUUCGCGCGCAAUGGUUCCAACAGCCAGAUCAAGUUUGUGCAUCUCAACCGCGCGACGUCGGUCCUCUUUCGUCCGUACGACCUCAUGGUGGUCCGACCACUCGACGUGCAGCCCGAGCAUUUCACCAUGUCAGCCAGCGGCCUCGUGCACAUUUCGCCCGGCUCGCCGAGCGAAUUCAUUGCGCUCGCCGAGUGGAUGCGGCAGUCGACGCUCUUCAACGUGCUCACGAGCUUUCGCUUUUACAAGUACUACUUGGUCAACAAGGCGUUUAGCGCGUGGCGCGCCCGAGUCCGCUUCAAGCUCUUUUGCCGGCAGCGCAAAGCACUAGCGUCGACCUUGUACCUUGGCAAGGCCAGCUUUAGCCUCCCGCUGCUGCAAGUGAACCGCGUCAUGAUGGAGCUCCAAAGCGUCCUCCUCCUCGACUUUCGCGCGCAAAAGACGUACGAAGCGGCGGCGUUCGUCGAGUACCAAGCCACGAAGCGCGCAGAAGCCUCCAAGCAGUUUGAAACGUGCGUCGAGAAGCUCCAAGUGAUUGCGCAAAAGGUCUGUUCGGACGUAAACAGCCUCGCGCGCCAAGCCCACCAAAACGACGAUCUUAACGACCUUGCGGCGUCGGUUCACGCCGACAAGACCAAGUCGAUCGUGGCCGCCAAAACCGAGCAGCAGCAGCGCAGGAAGCUGCUCAAGCGCGCCGCCGAAGAAGCCGCGAUGCUCUGCGACUUUAUCCGGUUGAUCGACUACAUUACGACCGAGAAUUUGGUGCUACUGGCCGUGCAGAGCUGCCGCGAGUUCCUUGCCGAGCUCUCGAAAUCGCCGCGCAAAACUGGACUCUUUGAGACGACGAUUCACUUUGGCGACGUCGACACGGUCUUUUCCCCCACGUGCGAGCAGAUCCAAGGGAUCGUUGUGUCGAUGACUGACGACAUUGUCGCCGCCGUCAACUCGGUCUCGCGCAUCAUCUACCUUCGGCAGUUCAACCAGUACAUUGCCAAUGCCAUUUCGGACGGUCCGCACAUCGGUCCGACCAUCACCAUGAGCUUGGACUUUCAGCUCAUUCGCGGCGAGUUGGUGGCCAAGAUCCUCGCCGACUACCUCGAGGCCGCCGAAUACGUCAAGAUCUUUGAUAGCGUCCGACCCAUCUACGAAUACGACAAGCAGUGGGAUUUCGAGAACGACUACUCGCUCCGCGGCCACACGGUCACGUCGCUCAAGGCCGAUAUGCUCCAGAUUGCCACGUGGGAAAAGGAGCUUGAGAAGAUGCGGGCAGGGCAAACGAUCGGCAUCUUGCAUGUCGAGAGCCGCAAGCUCAAGCAGAAUCUGAUUCCAAUGACUGCCGCCAAGUUGGACGCGAUGAAAGGCCUCGUCAAAGACCAAGCCCGGGCGAAAUGCAAGGCGCAGCUCACCGAGUACAAGCAGCGCAUCCAGCUCGUGAGCCAGCGGCCGCAGCACCUCAAGGAGUUUGCCGCGCACGUCGAGCGCGUCCAAGGCCUCAAAGCCAAACAAAAAGCACUCGUCAAGAACACCAACGUCGUCGACGAGAUGUACCGGCUAUUGGGCAACUACGGCGUGCGCAUUAGCUCGGAAGACAUGGUGCAGCUCGACGACCUCCGGUCCGUGCAAGAGAGCUACAAGGAAGAAACCGAGGCGGUCGACGUGUUUAUUCAAGGCAAGCUCGGCGAGAUGACGACGCAGCUGGAUGCGAACAUUGCCCGUCUCGACGAGCAAGUCGUGCAGCAGAGCGAGGUGCUUCAAACCGGCGUCUUUAUUGAUGUCGGGCACUUUGAAGACACGAAUCUCGUGCUCAGCGAGCUCGACGUUGUCAAGCAGCGGCUCGCGCAGCUCGAAGAGAUGAGCAAGCAGUAUACCGAGUACCAAGGGCUCUUCAACAUUGACCCGUACAACUACACCAACCUCGCGACGACGCUCGACUAUUACAACACUGUCGAAGUCCUUUGGACGUCGAUCGACAAGUGGAACGAACAGCAGCGCAACGUGCUCACCAACCCGUUCUCCGAAGUCAACGUCGACGAGCUGGCAAAAGACGUCGCGAUAGCGUUCAAGGACGCGUACUCGAUGCACAAGAAGCUCAGCAACGACGUGACCGCGCUCUUGAAGGACAAGACGGCCGAGUUCAAGCAAACGAUCCCGACGAUCCUCGAGCUCGGUAGUCCGAGCAUGAAGGACCGACAUUGGGAGAAGAUCUUCAAGGCGCUCAACCAGCCGUGGUACCCCGGCAUCUCGUUUACACUCGACAAUCUCAUCCAGUACGACAUUUUCGAGUUCAAGGACCUCGUGUCCGAAGUCGCCGCCACGUCGUCGGGCGAAGCGCAAAUUGAAGCGUCGCUCAACAAGAUCAAGCACGGGUGGGAAGCCACCGAGUUUGUGUGUCUCUCGCACCGCGACUCGAAGGAGAUGUUUAUCCUCGGCGGCCUCGAAGAUAUCUUGACGCUCCUCGAAGACAACCAAGUGACGCUGCAGACGAUGAUGGGAUCCCGGUACAUCAUGGGCGUCAAGGACGAAGUCGAGCGCUGGAACAAGAAGCUCGCGCUCCUCUCCGAAACCAUCGACGAGUGGGUGACGUGUCAACGCAACUGGAUGUACCUCGAGACGAUCUUUUGCGCCGAAGACAUCCAAAAGCAGCUGCCCAUCGAAGCCCAGAAAUUCCAGCUCGUCGAUAAGAACUGGAAGACGACCAUGGCGCGGACGCACGACGAUCCCGCGUGUCUCCGUGCGGUCGAGAACGGCACCGAGAUGCUCGACCAAUUCAAGGCGUCCAACCAGCUCCUCGAAGAGAUUCAAAAGUCGCUGGAAGACUACCUCGAGACGAAGCGCAUGGCGUUCCCACGCUUUUACUUUCUCUCGAACGACGAGUUGCUCGAGAUCCUCAGCCAAACCCGCGACCCGCGCGCCGUGCAGCCGCACCUCGGCAAGUGCUUUGAUGCGAUGAAGUCGGUGCAUUUCGAAGAAAUUCCCGGACAGUCGACGCCCAGCAACCGGAUCACGGCCAUGGUGUCGGGCGAAGGCGAGCGCGUCAACUUUCCCAACGUCGUCGUCGCGCAAGGACCGGUCGAAAUGUGGCUGCUCGAAGUCGAAAAAGCCAUGCGCCACAGCCUGUAUACGGAAGCGUUCAAGUCCUUCUCGUCGUACCCGGAGGAGCACGCGAUUGAUAGGAAAGAGUGGCUCUUUGCGUACCCGUCCCAGGUCAUCAUCAUGAUCGACCAAGUGUUUUGGACCAAGAACGUCUCGCGGGCCAUCGCAGCCGUCGAGAGCGGCGCAGACAGUGCGGCCGUCGACACGUUUCUCGAGUUUAGCCUCGCGCAGAUCGAUGGCAUGGUCAUUCUCGUCCGAAGCGACUUGAGCAAGCUCCAGCGCAUCCUCAUGGGCGCGCUCAUCACGAUCGACGUCCACGCGCGGGACGUGGUCCGGUCGCUCCUUGCCAACAAGAUUUCGUGCCUCACGGACUUUGAAUGGACGAGGCAAUUGCGCUACUACUGGGAGGCGGAUGUCAACAAUUGCGUGUGCCGUCAAACCAACACGCGCUUCCUCUAUGCGUACGAGUACCUCGGGAACACGCCGCGGCUCGUGAUUACGCCGCUGACCGACAUUUGCUACAUGACGCUCACGGGCGCGCUGCAUUUGCGACUGGGGGGCGCCCCGGCUGGCCCCGCCGGCACGGGCAAGACCGAGACGACCAAAGAUCUCGCCAAGGCGCUCGCAGUGCAAUGCGUCGUCUUCAACUGCUCGGACGGGCUCGACUACAAGAUCAUGGGCCGGUUCUUCUCGGGACUGGCGCAGGCCGGCGCGUGGGCCUGCUUUGACGAGUUUAACCGUAUCGACAUUGAAGUGCUCAGUGUCAUUGCGCAGCAGAUUCUGUGCAUUCAACAAGCCAUCAUUUGCAACGCCGACCAGUUUGACUUUGAGGGCAAACUCAUUCGAUUGAACACGGGCUUUGGGGUCUUUAUCACGAUGAACCCGGGGUACGCGGGUCGGACCGAGCUGCCCGACAACCUCAAGGCACUCUUCCGACCGGUCGCGAUGAUGGUGCCCGACUACCGCCUCAUUGCCGAAAUCGUGCUCUUUUCCGAAGGAUUCGCCAACGCGCUCCCGCUCUCGCACAAGAUGACGCAGCUCUACUCGCUCUCGUCCGAGCAAUUGAGUAAGCAAGACCACUACGACUUUGGCAUGCGCGCCGUCAAGAGUGUCCUUGUCGCGGCCGGGCAGCUCAAGCGCAAGUGGCCGGAAACCCACGAAGAUUUGCUCUUGAUCCGCGCCAUGCGCGACUCGAACGUGCCGAAAUUUCUCGAGGCCGACCUCCCGCUCUUCCGCGGUAUCAUUUCCGACUUGUUUCCGGGUGUGCUCGUCCCGUUCGUCGACUAUGGCGUGCUUCAGAAAGCGAUUGAAACGCAGCUCGAGGCGCUCAAUUUACAGCAAGUGGCGUCGUUUGUCAUCAAAGCCAUCCAAGUGCACGAGACGCAGCUCGUACGCCACGGCAUGAUGCUCGUCGGCGAGGCGGGCAGCGGCAAGUCGACCAACGCCAUGAUUCUCGCGCGCGCCCUCUCUUCCUUGCAUGCCGAUGGCGUCGUGGACCGCGACGGCUUUUACAAGACGGUGACGCGCUUGAUUUUGAACCCAAAGAGUAUUUCGGCCGGCCAGCUCUACGGCGAGUUCAAUCUGCUCACGUCCGAGUGGACCGACGGCCUCGUGCCCAAGCUCGUACGCCAAGCGGUCACCGAGGCCGCCGAGUCGGACGCACGCAAUUGGGUCAUUUUUGACGGACCGGUCGACGCCGUCUGGAUCGAAAACAUGAACACGGUCCUCGACGACAACAAGACGCUGUGUUUGAGCAACUCGGAGCGCAUCAAAUUGCCGUCCACGCUCCACAUGAUGUUUGAAGUCCAGGAUCUUCGCGUCGCGUCGCCGGCGACCGUGAGUCGAUGCGGCAUGGUGUACAUGGAGCAAGUGCAUGUCGGUCUCUUGUCGCUGGCGAGGACAUGGAAGAUCAACGUGCUCGACACGUUUGCGUCGGCGGAGAUCGCGACGACGCUCCUCGAGCUCAUCGAGAUGCACGUCCCGGCCGCGAUCGGCUUUGUCCGCGCCAAAUGCAAGGAGAAGAUUCCGAGCAACAACGGCAACCUCAUGACGUCGUUCCUCAACUUGCUCGCGUCCUGUCUACGCGCCGCCAUCACGGGCGCAGCGACGGGCACCGAUCUUGGAUCCCUCGCGCGCAUGUACUUUAUCUUUAGCCUCACCUGGAGCGUCGGCGCCAACAUUGACGACGCGUCGCGACCCCGCUUUCACGACUUUUGCCUCGACCAACUCCGCACCUUGUUUGAGUUUGUGGGACCGAUCGACAAUGUGUACAAUGUCGCGAUCGAUGACGUCAACGCCAAUUGGGUCUCGUGGGUCCACCGCACGCCGCACUUCAAGUAUGACGCGUCGCUGUCGUACUUUUCAAUGCUCGUGCCGACGCAAGACACGACGCGGUUCCGGUACCUCCUCGAGCGUCUCAUGUCCAACAACCACCACGUGCUGUACAGUGGCGAGACGGGGGUCGGGAAGAGCGUCGUGAUUCAGUCGUUUCUGGACGAAAUGGCCAAGACCGACAACUUUGUCGCGGCGACCAUGGGCUACAGUGCGCAGACCAAGCCCGCGAAUCUCAACGAGAUGCUCGAACUCAAACUCGAAAAGAAGCGCAAGAACCUUCUGGGACCACCGUCGGGGAAGAAGAUGCUCAUGUUCAUCGACGACCUCAACAUGCCUGCGCUCGAGGUCUACGGCGCGCAGCCACCCAACGAGCUGCUACGCCAAGUCAUUGACCAGAACGGGUACUAUGACACGGACAAGAUGUUCUUCAAGAACGUGACCAACGUCGUCUUUGCGGCCGCGUGCGCUCCCCCCGGCGGCGGGCGCAGCGAGGUGACGCCCCGCUUGAUCCGGCAUUUUCACAUGGUGUGGAUCCCGAAUCUGUCGCCGGACGCAAUGACGCAGAUUUUCGUCUCGAUUCUCAGCGGGUUCUUGGAGCUCGAAGUGCCAUCGCUCGCCCAUAUGGGUCGUCCGAUCGUCUCGGCCAGCGUCCAGCUCUACCAGCGCGUCGAAGCCGAGUUGCUCCCCACGCCGUCCAAGUCGCACUACACGUUCAACCUCCGCGAUCUCUCCAAAGUCUUUCAAGGCGUCCUCAUGAUCACCAAGGAGCACGCGUCGUCGAUUGACGCGCUGGUGCAGCUCUGGCUGCACGAAGAGGCGCGGGUCUUCCGAGAUCGGCUCAUUGACAGCGCCGACCGCACGUGGUUCAAUACCGCAUGCGCCGCGCUCCUCGAGACGCAUUUGCAGCUGUACUGGGAACCCUCGACGUUCGAGAACCUUUUGUACGGCGACUUUGUGUCCCGCGAGAACAAGAAAUACCAAAGCAUCGACGACAUGGGCCGCCUCAACACGCUUCUCCUCGAGUACCUCGAAGAGUACAACAUCACGUUUCCGAGCCAGAUGUACCUCGUCUUCUUCAACGACGCGAUCCACCACGUGAGCCGCAUCUGCCGCAUCUUGCGCCAACCCCGCGGCAACGCGCUGCUUGUCGGCGUCGGCGGGUCCGGUCGACAGAGUUUAACGCGCCUCGCGGCCUUUAUGGCCGACUACAAGUGCUUCUCGAUUGAAAUCACUCGCGGGUACGGCCCCAACGAGUUCCACGAAGACCUCAAGAAGAUUUUGAUGGUCGCGGGCGCCGAGGCUAAGCCGGUGGUCUUUCUCUUCUCCGACACGCAAAUCGUUGUCGAGUCGUUUUUGGAGGACAUCAACAAUGUCCUCAACACGGGCGACGUCCCAAAUCUGUAUGCGGCCGACGAAAUGGAGAAGAUCGUCGGCAUGGUCCGGCCACUCGCCGCCGCUGUGGGUAAAAUGACCCGCGAAGACAUUAUUGCGCACUACAUUAUGCUCGUGCGCGAGAACCUCCACAUGGUGCUUGCGUUCUCUCCGAUCGGUGGCGGGUUCCGCAACCGGUGCCGCAUGUUCCCGUCGCUUGUCAAUUGCUGCACGAUCGAUUGGUUCUCGGCGUGGCCCGAAGACGCGCUCAACUCGGUCGCGAUUCGGUUCCUCGCGGCCGCCGCCGACGAGCUCGGCAUUGAAAAGCACGUGCAAUCGCUCUGCGGCAUGGCCGUCACGAUCCACCGCAGCGUCGAAGUCGCGACCGCCAAGUACUUUAAAGAGCUCAAGCGCCAGACGUAUACGACACCAACCUCGUACCUCGAGCUCAUUCGGCUCUACGUCGACAUGCUCCGCACGCAGCGCGGACUCGUCAAGGCCAAGGAAGCCCGGUACCGCGGAGGGCUCAAGAAGCUCGCGGAGACGGAGGACAUUGUCGGCAACCUCAAAGUCGAGCUCACGGAGCUCCAGCCCGUCCUUGUCAAGAGUCAGCAAGAGACGUCGGACCUCCUCAUUCAAGUGAGCAAGGACCAAGAGGAAGCGGAUAAGCAACAGGUGCUCAUCGAAGCGGACGUGCGCGCCGCCAACUUGAUUGCUGACGAAGUCAAGAUCAUCAAGGACGACUGCCAAAAGGACCUGGACGAAGCGAUGCCAGCAUACUAUGCAGCGAUCGGCGCGCUCAACUCGCUCAAGAAGGACGACAUUACGGUGCUAAAGACGUUUACGAACCCGCCCAAGAUGGUCGGCGUUACGCUCAACGCGGUCUGUCUUCUCUUUGGCGCCAAGCAAGAGUGGAACGAAGCCAAGAAGCUCUUGAACGACAUGAAGUUUCUCGACAAGCUCAAGGAGUACGACAAGGACAACAUUCCGACCAAGACGAUUCGGCAAUUGGCCAAAUUCAUGCAAGACGAAGAGUUUACGCCCGAGAACCUCUCGUCCAUCUCGUCGGCGGCCACGUCGCUCUGCAUGUGGGUACGCGCCAUGUACACGUACGACACGGUCGCCAAGAACAUUGGCCCGAAGAAGGAGAAACUCAAGGCCGCCGAAGCGUCGCUCGCCGACGAGCAGGCAAAGUUGGAUGUCAAGCAAGCGGGGCUGAACGAAGUGUUGGCCAAAGUCGCGGCGCUCAAGCGCACGCUCCAAGGAGCACAAAAGAAGAAGUCGGACCUCGAAGCCCAGACGUCGCUGACGCAAGCACAGCUCGUGCGCGCCGAGAAGCUCAUCGACUCGCUUGGCGAAGAGAAAGGCCGGUGGUGCGACUGCGCCGACUCGCUCAAGAUCGAUAUGGUCAACCUG